AUGGCAGCCCCCAUGUUAGAGGACGAGGAUCAAUUCGCAGACGAUUAUUACUCCCUUUUGAACUUAUCCAAAGAUGCUUCGCCAGAUGAUGUCAACGUUGCCUUCAGACGAUUAAGUAAGAUGUUUCACCCAGAUAAACAUGUCAACCCAGUCCAGAAGAAACAAGCUGAAAUCAUGUUUAACAAAGUCAAGCGGGCUCAUGAAGUUUUGUCUGACAAACACAGAAGGAUGGUGUAUGAUAUGUAUGGAGAGAAAGGAUUGGAAACAGAUGGUUUGGAGGUAGUUUCAAGAGUUAAGUCCCCUGCUGAAAUCAUUGCUGAGUAUGAACGUCUUCAGAGAGAGCGAGAAGAGAGAAGAUUACAGCAACGAACCAACCCACGGGGAACAGUCAGUGUUGGAAUAAAUGCCACCGACCUGUUUGAAAGCUAUGAAGAUGUGGAAUACAGCCCUGGGUUGCCCUCUGUGGAGAUCAGCAAUAUGACCAUAUUCCAGUCCGUGGAGGCCCCCCUGACAGUGAAGGACACAGCCAUCUUGGCUGGCACAUUGAGCACACAGAACGGGAAUGGUACAGGAUCGUUUAUCGCAUCCUGGAGACGCCUAACCUCCGACAAAGGCUGGGCAGAGGUUGAGGCAUCAGCGGGUAGUGGAUUCGGGCUUAGUUUAAAAGGCUUUAGGCAGUUAGGACGCAGAUGUUAUGGCACUGUGAGCUGUUCAUUACACUCUGUAUCCAGAGGUUUUCGACCAGGAUUUUCCACAAUGGUUGCAUAUCAAAUAGACAAAAACCUACAGGGUCGUUUGUCUUGGAAUCCUCUGCAUCCUUCAGCAAUGAACACGACAAUUGUGUACGACACAGAAAAACACCACGCAGUAUUAACCCUACAGCUAGGUAUACCAACUACAUUUAUUUCCACAAGUUACAGUCGAAAAUUCCCAGAGGAAGAGUCAAAGCUGCGAAUUUCCUGCAAAGCAGGGACAUUUGGUGCACUAUUGGAGUAUGGAUUUGAGAAGAAGAUUACACAGUACAGUGUGCUGGGGGCCACCAUGGUUAUAGGGGUGCCAACGGGGGUUCUGCUCAAGAUUAAACUGCACCGUGGUUCCCAGACCUUCCUCUUCCCGGUGCAGUUGGCGGAGACUGUGGUGCCGAGUGCCGUGUUUUACGGGACAAUUGUUCCAAUGGCUGUUUACCAGGUGGCCAAAGUCUUAAUUAUUAAUCCAUUUCUACAACAACAGAAGGAAAAAGAGCUGGAGAAGAAGAGGGAGGAACACAGUGACAGACUCCGUCAGAGACAGCAGGAGGCUGAGGCUGCGAUAUCUCUGAUGAAGGAGACCGUGGAGCGCUCCCUAGAGAUUGAGGAGAGAAAGGCAGGACUGAUCAUUCUAAAGGCAACCUACGGGAAAUUGACGACCGAUGAAGAUACAGAAGACAGGAAAGGAGAAGACUGUAUAGAUGUAACUAUCCCUCUACAGGCUCUGGUUAAAGAUUCCAAGCUCCUUCUGCCAGAAAACACAACCAAGAGUGGGCUGCCAGGGUUCUAUGAUCCUUACCUAGGGGAGGAGAAAUCUUUAUUUAUACGCUACAGAUUUCGUAACAAGGCACACCAGGUCACACUGGGGGACAGGGAUCCAAUCAGACUUCCGCAACAGAAGCAUUUAUUGAAAGACACAGAAUCGGACAGGAUGGAAUCUUGACCAGGAUAGACGUUUAGCCUUGUUACACAGAUAACAUAUCACGUGGUGAUAAUUCAGGAUGAAGUGGCAGCCAUCUUGUCAUCAGAGUACAGAAGCCAUACUGGACUCCUGAUCUGCUCUAGUCUGCUUGAUGCCUUUAUUUUCUGCAGACAGCAUUGGCAUGCCUGCUCUAAACACAUGCUGUGUUAAUUAAUGACAAUAAGCACAAGGAUUCUUAAUGACAGGGUCAUCUGAGGGCAGUGUGUUAUAAACUUUUAUGGUAGAUCUGAUAAAGAGCCACUGCUGUCCCCUGAAAAAUUAGACUGAAAUUUUAGAAUUGCAUAAAAGAAUUUUCAAGGCACAAUAACUACCACCAUGGUUGAAAAAGUCUUGGGAUGCAUGCGACCGUUCAGAGGUCUUAACUUAAGUGUUCUCAUGAAGUAAGUAUUCGGUAGUUUCAUCACACAAUUUGCCUGGUGUGAUGAGGAGGCUGAGUUAGUGUUGAAUUGAGCUGGAAUGAUGAAAAGUAAGGCAGUUAGUGUGGAAUUAUGUUAACAUACUAGAAAGCAUAGUGUCGAUCAUUAAAGGCUAUGUGUCCUGCAUAACAUUUUCUUUCCGUGGGACUUUACAUGAGGCUAUAAAAGUAGAAAGGAUUGAAAAAUUUAGUUUCCAUACAUUCCUCAAAGACUUAAACCAAAACGAAAAAAAAGCAUUGAUGCCUUUGCAAGUUUAGGAAAAGAUAUUCAAUUACCUUGGUUCUUAUUAUUUGACCCUUCAUAUAGAAUUCCAAAGCUUUGGACUUGGAGAAGCUCUUUGUUGCACCAGUCAAAAGUCUCCACGUUCAGACAUCUCAACCGGUUUUGGACCAUUUCGUAACUGCUAUGGAUUCAUGUUAGCAUAUACAGCAUACAUGUACCCUUUACCAUGAUCAUGUAAAUCCUUUGUAUUGAUAACAUCUUUGUGUCCUGUAACCUUCAAGUGUAUGGGAGAAUCCAAGUUUACAGCCUGUGUGCACACUUUUGAAACAAGUCUUUUUAUUUCAUUUAUUUUUUUGGUUCUGCCAGCAACCUGCUAAUGUUCAUUGUUUUUACAGUUCUCUGUCAUGUUUUCUCCCACCAUAAUGCUGGCCGCCAUCGUGUAAGUGAAAUAUUCUUGAGUAUGGCAUAAAACAACAAUCAAACAAAUCAUAUUAUUUUGUGAUUUUUUUGUAUACAAGUAUACCUGUGUGGUCAUUCAUGACUACAUGUAUUUAGUAAAGCUGCGAAACAGAUUUUGUUUCCAUUUCAAGUACAUUGCUGGCCCAAUCAGAAACAGUGCUUUUUCUUGUCACAGCCAAUCAGCGGCUGACCAACACAGAGCAGACUUGAAUCCAGCUCACACUUGUACAGGUAUCAGGUAAAAUAGAAACGGUGUUAAUACUCCAGGUAACUUCCUCUACGCACCCAUCCCUGAUAGCCUUUGAGUAAGUGUGAUUCAUGGGUGUGGCAUUUUAACUACCUUAAUUCCUCAACCUUUUCAGUUAUAAAAGAGCAACUUUCAGUUGCACUUUAUACACAUUAUUAAAGUUGAUUUUGGAGACAUUUUGGUUGGAUGGGCCAAUUUCAAGGCUGCACAAAAAGUAUAAUUUUAUCAGUCUGCAUGGAAUAUUCUUGAAUGAACACCUUGUAAGCAUGUGGAAAGGUUGAAGAAUUACAGUGAACACCCAUUUGAGUAAAAAAAUUUUGGAAAUUUCAGAUAGUUGCAGUCACACCAUGUUGAAACAUAGUUCAUUUUCUCCAAAAAUCUGUUACUGAUCUCACUAAGUCUGGUUACUUUGUUGGCCUUACUGAGCGUUGUGGAACGUUUGGUCACUGAGAGACAUUCAGUCUGACAAUUAGUCUGAUGGCCUGUACAUACACGUUUGCGGUGGGUGGCUAGAAAUGUUCUUCUGGAACACCGGUUUGGACAGUUAACUGAGAAAAUAACAGCCUAAAAUAAUUUGUAACAAAGAGCUAAUUGUUGUAGUGCUUUGAUGUAAAACUGGUUAUGUCUUCUUUA